ACCAACUCCAAUUCUUCUUCUUCGUCUUCUCCGGUCGCAUUUGAUCCAUGGACAGAGUGUUGAGGCUGGCGGGGCAGAGGGCGGUGGUGAUCUUCAGCCGCAGCUCCUGCUGCAUGUGCCACACGGUGAAGAGGCUGUUCGCGGAGCUGGGGGUGGACCCAGCGGUGCACGAGCUGGACGAGGACCCCAAGGGCAAGGACAUGGAGCGGGCGCUCGCCAAGAUGCUGGGCCGCACCCCGUCCGUGCCGGCCGUCUUCAUUGGCGGCAACCUCAUCGGAUCCACAGACAAAGUCAUGUCGCUCCAUCUCGGCGGCAAACUCAUCCCGCUGCUCCACGACGCCGGCGCCCUCUGGCUCUGAUCCCUCAUCAUUAUUCACAUAGACACAUAUGCAUGCAUAUGCACAUAUAUGUAUCGUUUCUAAGUGUACGGGAGAAAAAAAUAUCCAUAGAUAACAAAGUAGGAUACUAUCCGUGUACGAAGCUCCCGCUAAUGCGGAUCCUGAUGAUAAAGGAUUAUUGUACACAACCUAUCUUAUCCGUUUUACAAGAGGCUAUUU